AUGUGUACACACUGUAAGAAAACGGGUCAUCAAGCCAAAGAUUGCCGGUUGGCCCAAUUGACAUGCUACAACUGUGGACAAAGGGGCCACCUCAAUCAUGGAUGUCCAAGGAAGAGGACGGCAGCACCAGAUCCAACCUCGAAUCUCUUGGCGGAGGACGCAUUAGCGGAACAUCCAAGAGGGAAAUACUCAUUGGCACGUGCUACCGACUCAGUGAGGGAACCCUGUUUGAUGUCAACAGUAGCAAACAACGUAAAUUUCGCGAGGAAAGACGUACGGUAUAUAACUGUGUACACUUUAGGGAAUAAGAAUAAACCACUACGUAUACUCGUGGACACAGGUAGCCCUGUCAGUUUGGUUAGAAAAUCGGUAUACACUGAGCAUUUUACAGACUCUAAGUUAUUGCGUAUUCGCGACGAUUUAAAUUUAAAGGGCAUUAAUAAUUCUUCCCUUACUGUUUAUGGGAAAAUUUGCGAUCAGAUUCAACUGGAGCAAUUAAAGGAUCAACGGUUUGAUAUCACUUUUUUAGUCGUAGACGACGAUACCAUUUCUUUUGACAUGCUUCUGGAAAGAGAAUUUUUUGUCGAAACUCAAAUUCGAGUAACCUAUCAUAAAGGUGCAUUCGAAUUUGAGGCUUUCCCCGAUAGCAACGUUAAAGUGGGAACGGUUUUUGCCAUAGAUGCGAUAGAGGAACGAAGUCGCUAUGACAUAGUAUCAGAAAACCUAGAUAAUGAUUUAGAUUUUUCCGCAAAAGAACAACUAUACUCACCCAGAACAAUGUCAUUUCAGGAGAAAAAAGAACUCCGGGAGAUUACUGAUGAUCUAUUAGCACGAGGUAUAAUAAAACCUAGUAUCUCUCAGUAUUGCUCACGAGUUGUUUUGAUUAACAAACGAAACGGUACAAAGCGUAUGGGCGUUGACCUUCGGCCUUUGAAUCAGCGCAUUUUUCCUCAAAAAUUUCCAUUUCCCAUAAUCGAAGAUCAGCUCUGUGGAAAAGAAAUCUUCCCCAAGCUGGACCUAAAGGAUGGCUUCCAUCAAUUAGAUAUACAUCUGGACGAUACGAAAUAUUUUUCGUUUGCAACCCCCUAUGGCCAAUUUAAAUACGUCAAGAUGCCCUUUAGGUAUUCAGAGGCGCCUGCAGAGUUUCAAAAACGUCUCCUGUAUAUUCUUGAUGCGUUACUACGUAGCGGUAAGAUAUUAUUAUGUAUCGACGAUAUAUUAAUUGCAACUUCUACAAUAUCCGAAAAUUUGCAGAUUCUGAAAGAGGUGCUUAUCACGCUAAGGAGUUACAGUCUGGAAUUAAAUCUCUCAAAGUGUUUAUUCCUAAAGACGAAAAUUGAGUUCUUAGGCUACAUGGUAUUGGCCGAUGGAGUCACUUUAAAUCAGAGGCAUACGGAAGCCAUUGCAUCUUUUCAUUAUCCAAAAAAUUUUAAACAAGUCCAAGGUUUUCCGGGAUUAACCAAUUAUUUUCGAAAAUUUAUUAAGGAUUAUGCAAUAAAAGCAAAACCAUUACAUCUUUUAACUAAGAAAGGUGUAGAUUUCGUUUUCGAUGAAAAAUGUAAAGAGUCCUUCAACUUGUUAAAAAGGGAAUUAAUUUUCUUUCCCACCUUACGUUUUUAUGAUCCAACGGCUGAGACCGAAUUGCAUACCGAUACAAGCGGUCAAGGAUAUGGAGCCAUAUUGUUGCAACGACAAAAAUCAGGCGAGAUGGCUCCGAUCGCGUAUUUUAGCAAAGCAACUAGCGAAACAGAAAAAGAGUACCACAGUUACGAACUAGAAACUCUUGCAAUAGUAAAAGCCCUAGAACGGUUUCACGUUUAUUUGCAUGGAAUCACUUUCCGGGUCAUAACCGACUGUAACUCACUGGCGCUAGCCCUCAAGAAAAUAAACCUUAAUCCUCGCAUUGCGAGAUGGUCACUACACUUUCAAAACUACAAAUUUAAUGUAGUACACAGGUUCUCGGAUAAGAUGAAAAUGGAUGAAGCAACUUCCGCACAGCCAGACCCUACAACAGCAGGAUCUACUUUCAAACCAAAGAUUAAUCGAGGAAAGGGAUCAAAACUUAAGUCGACUGAAAAGUUUCGGCUUAAAGUGGGUCGAAAGCAACUUCAGGAUAGAAAGGAUGAGAUCUCAAAGCGAUGGGAAUUCACUAUGUCUGAUGACAUGGAAGAGGUUUCUAAGUCGCUUGAUGCUACCCAUCUACCUAUAGUUCAAAGAGCCAGAGCAGUUCCAGUUGCCACCAGAGAAAUUGGUGUAGCAGCUGCCAUCGAGUAUAUGAAGAUGACAACUACCUGGAAUUUCAAUGCCAUCAGUGAAAUUUGUACAAUACAUCAGUAUUACAGGGUGUCACUUUAUCUUUUCUACUCUAGAUGUGUGGAAGCAGGGCAGACUCAGACCAACACUGAGUCCUUUCCAAUGUCGAAGCCCUAUUAUAUGAAAGAGCAAUUACGCUUCUUCCUUGACCCGGUCUUUAAGACGCCGAUUUGCACUACAACUAUAUUGUCGGCAAUUGGGCGUGUUAGCGUGGGAAACUAUGAGUGGCACUGUUUCCUUCCCGAACCAACAACAGAGCGCUUGACUAAUGCGGAGUUUUGUUAUCUCUAUUUGCAGCCACGUUGCAUCCGUUCAGUUUUAGAACAUUUCAUUGCUGUGGAUGAUAGCAAUAGAGCUUUCGCUACUGCGUUUAGGGAGAAUUGUCCCAUUCCAGGGGCCCAAUGGGCAGUGACAGGGGCUUUAUCGAACAUCGAUGAAAUUUGGCCAGCGAACUAUGGUGCUGACGCUCUCCGUGAAGAUAUAUCAAGUGUAAAUGCCUUGGUAAUGCGUGUUGCAAACCGAUUACCUCGCAGUUUUAUCCAAGGAAUUGUGAAGGAUGGUAAUGGAAAUAGAGGAUGUUUAAUAUCUGUGGAUCCUCUUGAAGGUAUAUGUAUUGAAUCCACCUUCACAACUGCGGUUCGGACUUCAAUUCGCAAACGACACGGAGUAGAUGGCGAAGCAAUUGAGUGUGCACCCCAAGUAGUACCAUCUUGA